GUCAGAGAAAAUUCUGCGAGCUUUCAUUUGUGAUAAUUUUCAAGACGAAAAGCUGCUGCACAGAAUAUUAUCUGACCAUUUUAAUCAAUCAAAUAUGCCUAGAGUUUUCAUAAGUAAAUAUUUGCCAACAAUGUACAAUGUUGAAUCUUUCAAAGCUGUGUCAUCGUACCCGACUGUGUUGGAUAUGUUGAAAAUAAAAGAUCCAGUGGUAGCAAAUUGCUUAAUUGAUAUGAUACAAAUUGAAAGUAUUAUCCUAAUUGAUGAUUUUGAUGCUGCCAUAGAACUUAUGAUGAAUGCACCUCCUAAAUAUUGCCAUUCAGCUUUUUUAAAAAAUGGGGACCAAAUUUUUCCUGAAUUUUAUCGUUAUUAUUCUUGUCCUAAAAAGCUGUGUAUAGGUUUAUUAAGCCCAUUCUAUGAACAAGAUAUUAGAGAGACGGAAAGUGAAUUAGAAAACAUUAAUGAAGAAAUAGGUAAUAAAGCCAAAAGGAUUAGAGAGUUGACUGAACAGCUCAAGAAAUGCGCAGCCGAACGUAAAUCUUUAGAUGAAGCCUCAAUUAAUUUGGAAAUUAUGGUAGUGGAACUCAAUGAAGAAUUAGAAGCUAACAGAAAAAUUGAAAAACCAAGAGAUAUAAGUGACCUGAAAAGUGAUCUAAAUCGUCUUAAUGAAGAAAAAAAGAAAAUGGAAGAUAAAAUCAAAAACUGUGAAGUGCAGCUUUCAAACCAGGAAGCAGCAUUACAAAUAAUCAAUAGUAAAAUGGACGAAGAAAGAGAUCUUGUAUCAAAAAAACAAAAGGAGAAUCACUCCCUGAAUUCAGAAAUUCAAGAAUGCAGAAAGAAGUUAAACUGUCUGCAAACUUCAAUCUCACGUCAUGAAAAAUCUCUUAAAACCUUUGAAGGAAAAGCAAAAGAUCAUAAAGAAGCUCUCUCUAAGGCUAUACAAGCUGCUGAGGUUGCUGUGAGAAACGCUGAAAAGUUUUCUCCUCCCAUUAAUACAGAAAGAAGUUCCUCAGCCAUAAAGAAGGUACUGAAUGAGACCAAAAAAGUUCUUGAACAAGUUAGCAACUGUGAGAUGGAAAACCUAAAACGAAGAUAUGAAGAAAAAACAGCAAAACUGGAGCAUGCAAAAUCCGACUUGGAACAUAUAGAAUCAUACAUUAUUAAAAUUAAUGAGAUGAUGGAAAAACGAUCCAAGAAAUUUGCAAACAUUCUUAAGAAUACGAAACUUUGUCUUUCUAUGAAUUUCAUUACUUACCUGAAUUCAAGUGGAUUUGUUGGAGACCUUAUUUUUGAUGAUAAUCAGGAAACAUUAAUUAUAGAAGCUGCUCCAAGAGAUAGUGAAUCUGAUAAACAUGCUCAAACAUUAUAUGCUCUUAGCGGAGGAGAAAGAUCUUUCAUUAGCAUUUGCUUUCUGUUGUCUUUAUGGGAAGGACUUGAAAUGCCGUUCCGAAUUUUAGACGAAUUUGAUAUUUUUAUGGACUCGCAAAAUCGUCAUUUAAGUUUCACUCACUUGACAGAAGUUGCCAAGCAAAAAACAGAUGUGCAGUUCAUAUUUCUAUCACCUCUCGAAAUUCCCAUUAUGAAAGAUUCUGCUUACAUCAGAGUGCACAAAAUGCCUGCUCCAAAACGAACAGAAGCUGACGAAGAAACCAUGUGAAAAUGCAAGUAAAUUGGAGUUGUUGAAGCAUCUCUUUUUUUGUCCAUUCAACGUUUUCAUAUAAUUUCUUGUUACAAGGUUAGCUCAGAAAAGGUAAAAAAAUAAAUAACGUUUAUGUAAUGUUGUUUUGGUAACUCCUAAAAACAAAGAAGUAGCGUUACACAUUUCAAAGUGAAAUACCAUUUAAUGACAUAAAAAACAACAUAUAAAGCAUAUACAAACAUUUGCUAAACACUUUUAUACACAGUGGAGUUAUGUAAAAUCUACAUCAAAAGAACAGAAUAGCAAUACUUUGCAAUAUAAGGACAGUUUUUGAAUCACAAGUAAUUGGUGAAUAAAGGGACCUUUCUUUUUAUAAAUGUGUGUGUUCUUUUUAUAAGUGUGUCUUUCUUUUAUAAGUAUAUAUAAAUUGAAAUUUUUUAUUCAUAAUGCCUUUAUUUUUAUAAUAAGAAAAUGUCAUGAUAAUUGAUAUAUAUGCUAACAUAUAAAAUUAUGUUAUGAUGAUAAUUGUUAUGUAUGUUAACAUAUGAAAUUAUGUUAUAAUAUGAAAAUGUUUUGAUAAUUUUUAUACAUGUUAACAUACGAAAUUAUGCUAUGAUGUUGUUAUAAUUGUUAAAAUAUAAAAUUAUGUUAUGAUAAUUUGUAUAGGAUGAAUUUAUAAUAAAGUAUAUUAUAUAAUUAU